UUACAGGAGUGCUGCCGCCCUUUCACUCAGCAUCACUGCUGAAGCCAUAAGGCGGGAUGGCCUGUCGUCCCGCUCAGACUACCACUGUGCCCUGUGCCGAUCGAUGGGAAAAGCGCAUGACAAUUGAUUCACAUUGGGAAAUGCCGAAAUGAUGCUUUCUGGCCAAUUCUCCCAAAUAUGAACUCGACACACAAAAUAUCGCUAACACUGGCUGUGGCUUAUCGGAAAAAAUUAAUAACAUACUACGUGUAGUGUGGUGAGUUCUUCCUCUGGAUGUGCUUGUCUUCAGUAUCAAUAAUCUGGACGACGGAGACGACUUCUCAGGAGCGCUAGGCUGCCACUCGCAGGCGAUGAACCGACGUGCAAAUCGACCGGAUGGACCUGGCCUAAGAUGGGGAGCGUGUUGUUCACAAUUGUGUUCGUAGCGUUGCAAAUUGCCACUGGACUGGCCAAUCCUGACUCAAAGCGACUGUACGACGACCUAUUGAGCAAUUAUAAUCGUCUAAUUCGGCCUGUUGGCAAUAAUUCUGAUCGUUUAACUGUGAAAAUGGGCUUGAGACUGUCCCAAUUAAUUGAUGUUAACUUGAAAAAUCAAAUCAUGACGACAAAUGUUUGGGUAGAGCAGGAAUGGAAUGACUAUAAAUUAAAAUGGAAUCCAGACGAUUACGGCGGAGUGGAUACAUUGCAUGUUCCGUCUGAGCAUAUAUGGCUACCAGACAUAGUGCUGUAUAACAAUGCUGAUGGAAAUUAUGAAGUGACAAUAAUGACAAAAGCAAUUUUGCAUCAUACGGGUAAAGUAGUGUGGAAACCUCCAGCUAUCUACAAGUCCUUUUGCGAAAUUGACGUAGAGUAUUUUCCAUUCGACGAGCAGACAUGUUUCAUGAAAUUUGGCUCAUGGACGUAUGAUGGCUACAUGGUCGACUUGAGACAUCUGCAACAGGCUCCUGAUUCUGACAAUAUCGACAUCGGUAUCGAUCUCCAAGAUUACUAUAUUUCCGUGGAGUGGGACAUAAUGAAAGUGCCAGCAGUGAGAAAUGAGAAGUUCUAUAGUUGCUGCGAAGAACCAUAUCCUGAUAUCAUAUUUAACAUAACAUUGCGGCGAAAGACAUUAUUUUACACAGUGAAUCUCAUAAUACCGUGUGUGGGCAUCUCAUUUCUGUCCGUGCUUGUUUUCUACUUGCCAAGUGAUUCCGGUGAAAAAAUCUCACUUUGUAUUAGCAUAUUGCUAUCGCUCACAGUGUUCUUCCUGUUGUUGGCCGAAAUCAUUCCGCCGACUUCACUCACAGUGCCACUACUUGGAAAAUACCUACUCUUCACUAUGAUACUCGUCACAUGCUCCGUCGUGGUGACCAUUGCCGUGUUAAAUGUAAAUUUUAGAUCUCCGGUGACACACAGAAUGGCACCGUGGGUGCAACGGCUGUUCAUUAGACUCCUGCCGAAGGUUCUGUGCAUAGAGCGGCCGCCCAAGGAGGCGCCGCCCGAGGACAACACGCCGCAGGACGUGUUAACCGAUGUUUUCCACGUGCCGCCAGAUAUUGAUAAAUUCGUUAACUACGACAGCAAGCGCUUCAGCGGGGACUACGGCAUUCCAGUCCUGCCGCCGUCGCGGUUCGACGUGGCCGCUUCCGGUGGGAUGGGGCCGUGCUUCGGGGAGCCACCGUUGCCUGCACUGCCACUGCCCGGCGGGGAUGACGAUCUCUUCAGCCCGGCCAGCCAGGACGACCUGAGUCCCACGUGCUGUCCCGACCUCAGCCCUACGUUCGAGAAGCCAAUAAUGCGUGAGAUGGAGAAGGCUAUGGAGGCAUCGCGAUUCGUGGCGCAGCAUAUGCGGAAUAAGGACAAAUUCGAAAGUGUGGAAGAGGACUGGAAAUACGUUGCAAUGGUUCUGGAUAGAUUGUUUCUCUGGAUAUUCACGAUCACGUGUAUCGUCGGGACGGGUCUAAUACUUUUUCAAGCACCUAGUUUGUACGACACGACACAGCCAAUUGAUAUUAUCUACUCGAAAAUUGCCAAGAAGAAGCUGGAGUUGCUGAAAAUGGGUAGCGACGGAGUAUAGCGACCACUAGGGUUCGCAGCCGGAUACUGGAACAUGUUUCACAGUUGGCUGCGAGCCCUGGUCGAAGAAGCUGCUGCUGCCCGGAAUUAAACCAGCAACAGUUCACAAAACAUUAUACCAGAAAGUGAACCUCCCAUUCACAAGCCGUGAAUUGAACUUUAUAGUGUUUAGAGGACGACAAAGAGGAGGUGAACUUGAGGGUAUUUUUUCUCUGACAAAAGAGAGAUAGUAAGAAGGAUUAUUCCUGAAGUGGAGCCGCACAGUUAUCAUUACAAGAGAUGAAGUGACAACAAAGAGAAUUACCAAGAACAUAGUAUUUUAAGGUAUAUACAAAAUAUAAGUGAGAGAAAUUGAUUAUUUCCCCUUCGUUCAGACACUCUCCAUUCAGCACUGCGGUAGUUGGACAUGGGGUGGCAUGACUUACACGAGUGUUCAGCAAACAAGCGAGUGUUGUUGCUAAUCUUCCGUUUGAUAGAGAAAUUGAAGCACAAAUUAAUUGUACUGCUCCAUAAGUUAAGGUCCACACAAUAGAUAUAUGACACCAAAUUAGUUGUGAGAACUCCAGAGACUUUGAGGAUCCGACGCCUCGAGGCGUGAUCCUCUCGAAGCACGAAGUCACUGUUAUUUUCCCAUGCAGUCACACGAGCACAGGAAAGUUAGUGUUAACGCCAUAUACAUUAGUUAUAGAGAUGAAUAGAGUAAUGUUGCAACCAACGAUUCUUCCCAAUCAUAAAUUGCCCACAGUACAAAUUGUGACCCAAAAGUUUCCUUUUCAUCACAAAUUCGCUCGCGUUGAAUUGCCUAGUUAUGAAUAUUUCUUCCAAAGACAUGGCAAAAACACAGAGAAUAAAAUGCUUCCCCGCACUGUCGAAGAGCCUUCGUUCUGAACGAAAGAGACAUAAAUUGAAGAGGAUGGAGCAGAAGAGUUCAUAAUUACUUGUUUAUCCGUGAUAUAUAGCAAGAAUAAAUCAAAUUUAAUACGUCAAUAACAUAUGGAUAACUUAACAAUAUAGUAAAAAACAUUUAAAACAACAUUUAACAAUAACUAACAUUUUGUGGCUAUUUUUAUAUUCAUAAGAUUAUCAUAUUAACUCUUUAGGUAAAAACAAGGAAAGGAUGAUGAGAAUAUAAAGUAGAAAAAUUGUUUUAUUUUAGCAUAAACAAAACAACUCAACGAGAACAUAAUACAUAGGAUAAUGGAAAAGGUGUAAAUAGGCAUUUGUACGUACUUAAUAAAUGAAGAAUGAUUUUCCAGAUCGAAAUUGUUAACUAGUAGUGAAGAUAAAAACAUGAGUAACAACUUCAAUGCUAUGAAAAUGGAGGCACGUGGAAUUUCACGGAGGAUAAAGAUGCAACAAUACAUCAUGCAGAAGUUAAGGUGUGAAGAAAACCUCAUGAAUUUUAUAUAUACAGCUAAAAAGAAUUGUCGAAAAAUAGCAUUAUAUCUAUUGAGAUAUUUUCUGCACAAGUGGAAUUGAAACAUAUUUUAUUUGCAUUAUAAUAUUGCCCUUGAUUCUGAAGCCGAAAACUUAUAUAAAUUAACUUCAUCAACUUUGUAACGUUCAUUUUACUACCAAAUCUUCCCAUUCAGUCCAAAAGGUGAAGGAAAAAACAGUAGAAUCAUUUUUAUAUUACGAAAUGAGAAUUUGUAUAAAUGUUAACAUGCGAUAGAAAGAUGAAAAUUGUGUCUGAAAUGGGCAGAAAGAUGAUAUUUGGUUUCUAACAUGAUGAAAUUGAUACUACGAUAUAUUUUAAAAUGGUCUUAAAGGUGAUACCAUGUGAAGUCACGUGAAAAUGGGAGUUUUCACCUCUCGAAAUGUCUCUAGAAGAAAUUUCUAUACAACAUACAGGGCUUCUUUUGUAUGAGUAGACGAGAAAGGAGAGUUGAGAAAUAGAUUUGCGGUCAAGAGGUUGAGAGACAAGGGUGAAAUGGAGUUUCCAAUGAUUUCUAUAUUGUUCCAUCCGCACAGUAGAUCGGCGCGAUCAAGCAAUAAAGUCCUCCGUUCAAUGAGAUAUUGAGAGAGAGGAGGAGGAAUGUUGACUAUGAGGAGACACAUAAUGUUGUGUCACCCACUAGAGAAUAGUAUUGUGAAGUCCUGAUACGAAGAAAGAUAGCGAAAUGGUAAUAUUUCACAUCUUCUUAUCACACAAAAGCCACCACACACACACCCAGUUUGUAAUAGAGUUAAG